UUACGUAAGCACCGUCAACUAACGUCCAGGGAAAAAAAUAUCUAUGGAAACCACUUUAGGAAGCAUUUUCAGCGUGCUUUCUCUGCCUCGAGGCCGUCAACACAGCAACACAGCAAUGAGAUCCUGAGUGUCCUCCUGCCCUCGCGGUGCGCUCGCCACCAUAGCUGUCCUCCUGCUUGUCUGGCGCCGUCUAUUUAUCUCUCUCUUCCCCCCCCGCGUUCCCUCCUCGCCUUUUUCUUCCUCUCACAUCCACACCACGACCGCAGCCGCAGCGUCAAAGCCAAGCUGAUACCCUCGCAUUCACCACAAAGGCAUUGCCGUUUACCUUCUCGUGUCUAA